UCGUAGGCGAAUGAAGGCGGGUGUGACACGACUUGGCGCCGCGGCUCCGUCAUCCAGAACGUGUCCUUUGUUCCCUCUUUUCCGAACACAAAACCCCCCAACCAACCUCAAGCCAUCAUCACCACAACCAACCAUCAUCCAAACACCCUUACAAUGGCCGCCGCGGCCCCCACCUCCCCCUCGCUGCUGGAAUUCCUCCUCAGCCCCACACCCACCACCAUCCUAAUCAGCCUCCUCGUCGUGUUUUUGACGCCUCUUAUCCUACACACACUCAUCUUCCGCACGCGGGCAUCGACGACCCUUCCCACAUUCGUUCUUCUCGGCCCUUCCUCCUCCGGUAAAACCACACUGAUGACGACCUUCGUGUCAUCACCGGCCGAAACCCGCGUUUCCCAAGCGCCAUUGAGUCUCGAAUGCGACAUACCCGCGAACAUCACCGCCUCCACCAAGUACCGCGCCGAAGCGGACCCGUCGCGCACAGGGACCACGCGCUUCCUGCUGCAAGACACUCCGGGCCACGGCAAGCUGCGGCCGCGCGCCACUGAGCUCGUCGUGGCGGACACGACCAAGGGCGUGGUGUUUGUGGUCGACUCGAGCGCGCAGGAGUGGCGCGACGCCGGCGAGUACCUCUACUCCGCUCUCCUGCGCAUCCAGAAGCUGCAGGAGGCGCGUGGCACGAAGGCCAAGGCGUCGUUCCCGGUCCUCGUCGCGUGCAACAAGAGUGAUUUGUUCACCGCGCUGCCGGCGGCGAGGAUCAGACGGUUGCUGGAGGAGGAGAUGGGUCGCGUGAGGGAGGCCAGGAGUAGGGGCAUUGUGGGCGUCGGCGAUGAGGAUAAGGAGGAUGAUGAGUGGCUUGGUGAGGGUGGCAGUGCGCCGUUUACUUUUGAGGCGCUGGAGGACGCCGGCAUCCAGGUGGAGUUUGCGGGCGGGAGCACGUUGGCCGAUGGCUGGAGGCAGCCGCUGGGGAAGUGGGUCGGCAGCUGUCUGUAGAUGGGACAACCUAAUGCGGUGGUUAUUAUACGGUGGUUACGACACGAUUGUAAAACUUAAUGAAUGAAGGGAACGGCGUUUGGAUGGUGAAGGAUAUAUCUCAUGGCAUCGU